GGCGGGGUCGGUUGGGGAGGGAUGGGGAGCGGCGACGUUGAGAGGGUGGAGGAGAAAAGGUGGAUCAACAAACCGCACCCGAGGCUGGCAGACCCCGAUGAUAGGAGGGGUGCACAGCUCCGGCGAGGACAGAUACUUGGAGGAAAGUGGACCUCAGCGAAGGGAGUAUGUCGCAACAGACGAGCCCAGGCGACGAAGGAGGUUGGAGGUGUGAAGUCGGUGGAAGGCAUAAACCCCUCCGAUUUGAGAGGGAAGGUUCCCCUAGAAGUUACGGGAGGGGGCUUCGCGCCGGACUGGGGGGGAGUUCGUAGAAGGCGAGGGGUGAAGAAGGUGGCAGGGAGAGGCAGCUCGGGGCUUCAGCACAUUCUCCUUCGGUUAAUGCAAGAGAAAGCGAGGGCCUCCAAUGUCUUUACGGCCGACGACGCUCUUGCAAGGGCUAAGGUUACGUUCCGAUGGGAGGGAUGGUCAUCACAACAGGUAACGCUUCAUGCGGAGUUCAACUGCUUCAAGGAGGAGGGGAUGGGCGAGGACCAGACAAAGGGUCGGAUCGGCCACGAGGCGUGUCACUACCUGUCUCCCGGGACGUACAAGUACUACUUCAUGGUGGACGGCCGCCGGACGGUGGACGAGUCCCUCCCCGUCGUUGGGGGCGGCAACGGCAACGGCAACGGUAAGCCUAGCGGUAAGGUCCGAAAGGGCGUCGACGGCGAAAAGGGCAACGAGGGCGAGCAGCUGUUCAACGUUGUCACCGUCACGAACCAGCACCUGGGGGAGGAGGGGGAGCACGCCUUGGUCAGCUUGCAGCAGAGGCGGCGGUGGCAGUCACAGCAAGACGAAUGCCUCCUUGCAUUCCCCACAUCAGGCCCCCCUAUUUUUGCCAGCCAUCAUGCAGGAGAAAGCCGCGAGGGAGAAGCAGAAGAAACCGUGUCAUCGCGCCUACCGGUUAGAACAGAGGCGACGCAGUCGGCGCCAUCGACGAGGGUACCGCUGACCGAGUCGAAAACCGAGUCUGCGGACGAGGCGGACCAGCAAGCCCCCCUGAAGCGAAUAAACCUCUCGCGUCAACAGAUCUGCGACGACGGCGCGGUGUCGCUCGCCCUAGCACUUCGCCAAAACGUCUGUGUUGAGGCGAGUGACGGCAACGAUAGUGAAUGGGCAAAUAAACGAGACAGAAGGUACCGGCAAGAGUUGAACUUGAGCUUCAACCGAAUAUCUGGUGCGGGCAUCGCCGCGCUUGCCGUCUCCCUCGGGGACCCAAGGUGUCGACUCUCGUGGCUGAGCCUCUCCCAGAACGGCAUCGGCCGCCGUGGCGGCGAACAUCUCGGGAAGAUGCUUGCGGGAGGCGGUGAAGACGAAGGGGGGGCUCAGUGGGGUCAGGUGCCCUGCCUGCGGGAGCUGGUUUUAGCUGACAACAUGCUGGGAGACGACGGUGCCGAAGACCUUGCCGAGGGGUUGAAGGGCCACCCCUGCCUUGAAACGCUGAUCUUGGAUGGUAACGACAUCGGCCACGACGGGACGCAGGGCCUGUGCGAAGCCCUGCUGCAGAACCACUCCAUGAAGAAGCUCAGCCUCCGGCGGAACUUGCUGUUGGCCGACUCCGCGGAGCUGCUUCUACGCAACGGCGCCAUCGAGACGCUGGACCUCGCCUACAACCCGAUCGGGCCGGAGGGACUGAGGCGGCUGAGCGGGUUCCUGUGGAAGAACACGAGCCUCGAAACGCUUGGCCUCCGCGGGUGCGAGGUCGAGCCGGCCGGGGUCAAGUCGGGCAUCUACACUCUCGCGCACGAGGUGUACGACAUCCUGCCGUCCCUGGCGGAGAGUCUCCGCCUCAACCGCACCAGACGGACCGACCUCAUCACCACCAUCGGCAGGCGGGCGUCCCCGCGCACGAUUCACCUGGAGAGGACCCGAGCGAAGGAGGCCUGCGCGUCCGAGCGGCGGCGGCGACUCGAGAAGAGGAGAAGGAGACGGAAGGCCGUCGAGCGCGCCAGCAGUAGGCGCCGGCACCAGCGGCGGCAGCAGCAACAACAACAGCAGCAGGGUUGGAACGUGGUGGAGCAGGAAGAGGAGGGAGGAGUCUCCGGGGGAACCGACAAGGAAGCGAGAAGGGUGCACGAGGAGAAAGCGGGCAGAAGCGACGAGUGGCGUGAGAAGGCCUCGAGUGGUUUGUCGGGAGAGGGGAAAGAAAAAGAGUCGAACGUUUGUGAGGCGCCACCGAUCUCAAAUAUUACGGCCAGGAGGGUGCCGGGAGCAGGGAUUAAGGGCGAUAGUGCUCAAGGCGCCAUGAAGACGAAACCGUCAGUGCCGACUACCGCGGACGAGCCAUCGCCAGUCCGAGGUAAGCACCAGCGGCGAGACCUCGGCACCAGUGUCCAUGCCGAACAGCCAACCGCCGUGGCGACAUCGGGGGUCAGGAGCCCGGUGUCAGGGGGAGGCAAGGCAGGGGUCGACAAUAGUCCACCUCGACGGUUGCGACGGCAAAGGGAGCGCCCCACGCAGCCAGCAUUGCCGUCGGCGUUGUGGACCCGAGGGAAGGGGGAAGGAGAGGGACGGGGGCACGGCCGAAAGUCGGGAGGAGCAGCAGGUGAGGACAAGGGCUCAGAAAGGAAGCCCGGUGCGAAGAGCACCACCGCUGCUACCGCCGUCAACACUGGCGCUGCUACUGUGGAUGCAGCAGAAGAGGAGGCGAUGGAAGGAGCCACCGGGAGCGACGGCGUACGGCGUGUCCCCGGGGUUUGGACGCGACGAGGCGUGUGGGCGCCGGCAAACAAGCUCGCGGAGGACCGGGCUCGGGUGGAAGAGCGUAGGGUAGGGGAUUGGCAGAGGCAGCUACGGGAGGACGAGGUUAGGAGUGGUCUGCGUUCUGUCACAUUGGAACUGAUAGUGGCAUUCUAUCCAGCAGUUGAAUCCUAGGGCGAGAUUUACGUCCUAUUCUCGGAAGUUUGUUAAGAUAAGACAACCGAGUUCUCUCGUUUUACGUGGCGGUUUUCCCUACGUGUUGUUGUGCCGGUCGCAUGGCUUUUCUAGGUGUCGUCCAACAUUGAAUGCCUUCGUAUUCCCCUCCCCCGUGUGCAUCUAGACAAACGUUCGUUGCGGCCCACCCGCCCACGUAGGUACAGGCCGGAUCGGGGAAGGCGGCGAGGCACACAGUUACUGCGAGGGGGGUUUGACCCCUCACCCAACCAUGCGAUUUCCUCUUGCUUGCCAUCUGGUCUCCGAUUCGGUGACGACCUACGGUGACCGCCUACGGGCCUUUCU